AUGCCGGAGAUGGAGCCGGACCGUUUACUCAAGGUGGACGCCAUCCUGGAGCUGGUCAAGUCCCGCUUCAAUCUCAUCUCGGCGGCCCAGUGGGCUCUGCUGGUGGCUGGGACCCCCGACUCGGAGACCAAGGCCGUCCUGGCCGACACCAUCAGCGACGUGAUCCAAAGGAUUUCCUCCGAGGUGGUGCGGCAGCUGCAGCCCGCCAUCAGCGAGCACCUGCGCGGACAAGCGUCUCAGGCUCAGGUGAGCAAUGCCAUCGACCGGUGCAGUCCAAAGCUGAGCGAGUGCAUCACAGAGACGUUCGCCGCCGCCCUGGACCUGCCGCCGCAGAAGUACGAGGGCGCGGUGGAGCUCACCACGCUAGUGGAGUCGGAGGUGAAGCACCGGGUGACGUCCGCCGUGUCCGUGGCCCGGAAUACCGCCGAGUGGCCGUCGGACCCCACCCUCUUCAUCCGCAGCACCAUGUCCAGCGUGGCCAACCUGGCCUCCAUCUUCCGGAAGGCCGUGGAGUAUUUGAGGCAUGUGUUCGCCCGAGCGCGCACGCCGUGCGUGGUGCUGUGCGGCCGCUCCGCCAUGAAGUCCGGCGACAUGACCGACGCCGUGAAAGGAAUCCUCUUAAAGUGGUCCCGCGCCAGUAAAGGUGAAAAAUCCAACGAACUCACAACGAAUGAAUCGGUUGACUACGAUAAAAUCAGUCAACAGUCCGACACAAUCGAUGUGGAGAAAGUGACCCAAAAAAGCGACCCGGGGGCCAGGGAGAGCGCUCUGGUGGCUGCCCUCGACAUCACCAAAAGCAUCAUCCAGGAGCCCUUUCGCGGUUCCGGCGACCGCGUGGAAAGUCGCCUGACGCGCUUCAAUCUCAAUUUAAAACUCAUCUCCAACAAAGUGAAGAAUUUCUUCAAGUCACAGGAGAAAGCCAGUCCGGACGGCUGCGUCAAACUGCGCAGGUUCCGCUUCUUCAAAUUCGCCCGCAUGCAGUUCGCCCGCAUGCUGGGAGGACUCAAGCGCGCCUUCAAGAACCAAGAUGCGUGUUUGGUGUCUCUCAGGCCGGAUCAACCAAAGUCCCCCAAAGAAGCCAAAGGACGCGCCUUCAGGUCCAGCACCUUACACGUCAGGCCAUCACAGAAUCCCGUGUUUGAGUUCGAGGCCAUCCAAGACAGGGUGGCCAAGAUGUUCGACGACCUCAGCCAGAUGGAGCCGGAAGCCCGCGAGGCCAAACUCAAGCGCUACAUGGACGAGAAGCUACGGGGCUUCUCCCAAGAUCUCUCCUCCCGCCUGUACGAAUACCUUAUGUCCUGCCAGAGUGAAGUUUACGAGGUGCCCUCUAGCCGCUCCGACACUCCAUUCAUGGACUCGGUGCUGUGGGGGCGGCGGGGGAAGAAGCACUGGGACGGGGGUCAGAAGUUCUCCCCCGAGGUCUUGUACGCUAUGACGGAGGAUGCGGCCUGGAGGUUCCUGCAGCAGCUCCUCCUCUGGAUGGAGACGGAGCCGCAGGGAGACGAGACGUACGCCGACGAAGUGUCCGGCGCCGUCAGCGAGAUCAACCAAUUGGUCGUCACGGCCCUCAACACGGACGAAGACCAGGACCUCCCGAAGACGCACCGAGUGAGCCAGAGGACGCUACCCAAAGACGAAGAGCGAACCCAAAGGAGUCUGUCCGUAUCUUCCGAGUCACAGCCAUCUCAAACGCAGGCCACCUCCCAGCGCUCGGCGCCUCAAGACGUUCCAGGGCAGAUGUCCAACGUCAGUUCCGUGUGCAAGCGCACGGCGUCCUUCAACGUGAAGCUGACUCGCCUCCUGGCCUACACGCUGGCCACGCAGCUCGGCCAGCGGCUGCCCAGGAAGUGCAAGAAGUCCCUCAAGACGGACGCCCUGAUGGUGGUCGUGGAGCACCUGUCGUGCAGGGCCGUGGAGGAGAUCAGCCCGCAGCACAUAGACAACAUAGACACAGUGGACAACCUCGAGGAGGUGAUCACGCCGGUGGUGAAGAAGCUCAUGACCCACUUCGGCUCGCCGAGUAAACUGGUGGAGGUGGUGAUGGCCGACGAGGCAUCUUUCGACGACGCCGUCUUCAAGCACCUCCAAACCCAACUUCAAACACUCCGGGAACAGCCCAAAGCCAGCAAGGGUCCCGGCUUCUUCUCGUCCGUUGCCAAGCUCUGUUCCCGCUCCACGUGAACAAAUGCCGUCACCUUCUUUCUCUUCCUUUCAAGAGUAAUUUACCGACGCGUCUGCCGAACUGCACCGCUGUGUGGAUCUGCUUUUACGACACGUGUUUGCAGUUAUGCGGUGGUGCCUUUACUUGCGAGUAACACAAAUUCGGAGUUUUUCAAGUUACAUGCUGAUCGAUUGUGCGGGGGGGUCCUCGAAACACAAAUUGAGAACACUCGCAAGGAACUGCUGUAGGCCACCACUCAAGACUAACCGGCCAACCCGACUCGAGCUUGUGAUGUCACUCACUAGGCCGGGCCCUCUAUCGCCACACAUUGAACACACAAAUACUAUAUCAUUUCCAUCUGUUUUCUUGACCGCUUAUCCUCACGAGGGUCACAGGGACUGCUGGAGCCUCUCCCAGCUGUCAACGGGCGGGAGGCGGGGUACACCCUGAAGCGGUUGCCUGCCAAUCGCAGGGCACACGGAGACAGUCGCACUCACAAUCACACCUAGGGGCAAUUUAGAGUGUUCAAUUAGUGUUCCUGUAUAAUGACAACAACACAUUAAAAAUAUAAAAUAUUUAAGAUGAAUUGUGCGUGACAAACUCGGUUACAGAAUUAAUUCAACCAGUAAGUCAAGGUACCACUGUAUAUUUGUACCAUGUACGUUUACAAUUGUGCAUACCAUUAUCUUUUAGCUUCUAUUGAUAAUAUUUAUUACUGUAGCACUGUGUAUAUUAGCGAUGGGACCAAGUACUGCUCGGCACACUGCACGAGACAAUAAGGUUUUUGCGCCCUGCGCGAUCGCCCGCUAACAGUUGGAAGUGUAUCCGCCUUUAAAGCGCAGCUCGCAGAAUGCGGUAAAACGUGAAACCCACGAGCACGAGCGGAGGAUUUGAGGGAUAAAAAAAAAAAUGAAAUUGUUCAAAUCUCCGGUGAUUUUAUAGUCUGCAAGUGUUGCUUGACAUUUCCCGUACUUCUAAGGAAACAGCCUCCUUUUUAUAUAUCCAGAUGUGAUAUCUGCUGGACACGACACCCGAGCCACUCGAAAAGGAAAACCCCCCAGUUAUAGAACUGUAUAGUAGAGCAUGCUUUAUAAUAUAUUCUAAAAAAAAAAAAAAAUUUGCACCACAUUACACAUUUCAGCAAUGUUUUAAUCAGGGAUGAGAAUGACCAAUUUGGAAAAACAUUGAAAAUGUCUGCCUUCUCCAAAUUGUUUUUUUUUUUUGAUAAAACACACUGUUAAAUGGUGACCUGGUUACUUAUAACAGUGUAAAUACAGGGCAAUCAUAACAUUUUGAAAACUUAAAAUAUGAGUCCAAACAACCAAAUUAAUUUUGCCAAACUUUAGACAUAAAAAUGUACAGUAAAAUUUAUAUCAAACAGGCUACUGCACUUAC